UCGACUUUGGGGUCAAAAGGUCAAAGGUCAUGCGCACUGGACAUCGAAGUAGCAACACUCAGAAAAGAGGUAGUUUACACCUAUUACCAACACCCUUUGGGAGAUUGGGGUAAGCGGGGGGUAUUCUUAGUGAGCAUUGCUCACAGUACCUCUUGUUAAAAAUUGUGAAAUUCAUGGCCCCUGGAUCAGGGGUUCUGGUGCUAGGGUGGGGCUCUAUAAGUCAUAUAGUGAAAAUGCAUUAUUUCUUUGAAAAUCUUCUUCUCUGUCCUUGGGUAUUAAGUAGACAAACCAAUAGCAUGAUUAUGAUGAGCAAGGAUGCCUCUUUCAAAAUUGUGAAAUUUAUGGCCCCUGGGUCAGGGGUUCUGGUAUUAGGGUGGGGCCCUAUUGAUCAUAUAGUGAAAAUGCAUUUUAUUUCUUUGAAAAUCUUCUCCUCUGCUGCUGGGUAUUAAGUAGACAAACUAAUAGUAUGAUAAUGAUGAUCAAGGAUGCUUCUUUCAAAACUGAAAUUUAUGACCCCUGGGUCAGGGGUUCUGGUGCAAAGGCGGGGCUGACCACAUAGCUAUUCAAUGUUUCUUCCAUCCAAAAGUAAAAUUCUUAUAUUUAAACAGAAACCUAAUUCAAACAUUGGAAGGUUGUUACAUGAUACUCAGGUGACCUAUAAGGCCCCUGGGCCUCUUGUGGUUAUUUAGAAUGACGAGAGUGAUUAGGAGUACUGCUAUAAGGUUAUUUAGAAUGACGAGAGUGAUUCGGAGUACUACUAUAAGGUUAUUUAGAAUGACGAGAGCUGAUUAGGAGUACUGCUAUAAGGUUAUUUAGAAUGACGAGAGCAAUUAGGAGUACUGCUAUAUGGUUAUUUAGAAUGACGAGAGCUGAUUAGGAGUACUGCUAUAAGGUUAUUUAGAAUGACGAGAGCAAUUAGGAGUACUGCUAUAUGGUUAUUUAGAAUGACGAGAGCUGAUUAGGAGUACUGCUAUAUGGUUAUUUAGAAUGACGAGAGCGAUUAGGAGUACUGCUACAUGUAUAAGGUUAUUUAGAAUGACGAGAGCUGAUUCGGAGUACUGCUAUAAGGUUAUUUAGAAUGACAAGAGCUGAUUCGGAGUACUGGUUUUGAGUUUCCUGAACCUGACGGAAAGUCAAAUAAUGACAACUUCAGACUGACAGAAUUUGUGUUUUCCCAAUUUGUAGGAAAGUAACAUCAAAUGCCAGAAAAAUAGUGGUUAUUAUGGUAAAUUUUGCAGGAGUAUUUAUUACUGUUCUCUGGAUAGUGGUAGAUUUAUCUCCAAAGAGGGAGAAAACUGGAAUAAUAGUAAAUCAAUGUUUACAGGGUUAUUUCUGUCCUUCUACACUUACAGACGGUUUCACCACAGUUUGAAUUCGUCCUGACACAGUUGUGUUUGAAGAUGGAUGAGAGAGAAAAUGGUUUUGCCCUGUCUAUUACAUUCACUCACAGACAAUGAGGGCAAAAGUGGUAAUGGGGGCGGACAUUUCCCUGGAUACAGUAAAUUGAUCCCCAGAGAGGGGAGAAACUGGAGUAGUGGCAGAUUGAUGUCCAGAAGGGAAUGGUAAAUUAAUGUUUAGAGAGAGAGAAAACCAGUCAUGGUAGUUGAUUGAUCUCCAGGGAGGGGGAAGCUGACGUACUGGUAGAUCAAUGAUUGGAGAGGAGGAAGCUGACGUACUGGUAGAUCAAUGAUUGGAGAGGAGGAAGCUGACGUACUGGUAGAUCAAUGAUUGGAGAGGAGGAAGCUGGGAUCAUUCUUGAUUAAAGUGGAUGGCUGCAUGUAUGCACUGCACAGUGAAUAAAUAAGGUGAGGCAGAUGAUAAUGUCGACGUAAAUGAAGAGCUUGUCGUAGCAGCCAUAACUUGAUGGAUGUUGUCUGUACAAUAUGAGUUUAAUCACAACUAGCCUGUCUUCUGCAGCCAAGGUACAAGGACGGUUUGUCUACAGAAAUGUUGUAAUUCACCGUAGCAGAAAGUGCCCCCUGGGGGAAAGUCGAGCGUAUUCAUGGAGGAUAAAUCCAAUCGAAGAUUUACAGGAUUUGGUCACUGUCCCACUUCUUCAGGAAAAAGACUGCAUAUUUAAUCCGUCAGUCAACGAAAUAGAGAAAGGACAUGAACUGUUUAUACAGAAACCGGGACACAAAAUAAAGAAGGUGAAGUCAGUGGUGAACUUGGAGAAACUGCCAGUGCAGAAUAUACCAGAGGUGUCUUUCGUUGGCCAGAGUAACGUCGGGAAGACCUCCCUGAUCAGUGCAUUGUUUGGUAAUGCUGUUGACUCCCACUUGAUCAAGAUAGGCAAAACACCAGGGUUGACUAAAACGCUUCAGUUUUUUAAUGUGGGUAAACAACUUUCCUUAGUGGAUAUGCCAGGCUACGGCAAAAACAUUCCGUCUUAUUACAUGGAGUCGAUGCACACUUAUCUCCAGACGAGAAGAGUACUGUGUAGGUCAUUUUUGUUAGUGGACAGUGAAGCAGGACUGACAGACUUGGACAAGGAAGGGCUGAGGAUGAUGGAAGACCUGGCCAAACCGUACGCUAUUGUUCUGACAAAGAUAGACAAACCUAGACAGUCAGUCCUAGUGAAGAAUUUGAUGGAAGUGUUGGACCAUGCUGAAAAGAAAACACAUAUCUGCUUCCCUCAACCAUUUCUAACCUGUGCCCCUUCAUUGGCUGGGAUCAAGUAUCUGCAGACUUUUAUUGCCCAUGUGACAGGAAAUUUACAGCUACACUCUCAUGAAAGGGAGGAAAAACAAACUACAGUAAAACACAGUUAUAGUGAACCACAAGGGCCAACGAAAAACAGUUCAUUAUAACCAAAACUUCAUUAUACAGUAAAACACAGUUAAAGAGAACCUCCAGGGCCAGUGAAAAACAGUUCAUUAUAACCAAACUUCAUUAUACAGUAAAACAUGGUUAUAACAAACUUCCAGGGCCAGCAAAAACAGUUUGUUAUAACCAAACUUUGUUAAUAUAUUUAAUAACAUUUUCAUUAUUUUCCUUUCUUAAGGGAAUAGAUAUCACUUGACAAUAAGGCCAAAAAAAAUCAAUCAAUAGUCUUUCAGGCACGCUGCAUCUGUUUAAAAGGUACUGCAUGAGAAAUUCAACAUAUUAAGGAAAGAUAGCUCAUGUUACAGUUACAACCAAGUAGAUAAAAAUCUGCCUGUCUCAUCAAAAUUUAAAUUUUUUGUCUGAGAAACUAUUAAUUUUUUUGGCCUAAGCAUGAAUUCAUCAUGACAGUGUUUGUUAUAAGUGUUACUGUAGUGUGUACAAUGUUAACACCAGGGGGAGCUGACAGUGGACCUCAAGUCAAACUCGUGAAUCUUCAGAUCGGGAAUGUACAACAAAUGGUCUGAUGUGAACCUUUUUAUUCAAUAGCAAAGUUCUUCAUAAUAUAAGUGAAAAAAUAACAUGUGUACAUGUGUCUUGUCAAAGGAAAAACAAAGUAUUAGUGUGACCGUGAUUUAAAAAAGACAGAAACUUGUACAACCUUACAGUGAAUUCAAAACAAAAAAAUUCAUUAAACCAUAAAUUUAAA